AGCCCCCUCGGCCUCCGCGCUGCUCCCGGUGCCGCUGGGCUCCGCGCCCGGCUCCCGCGGCCUCCCCCGCGCACCGCCGCCUCCCCGGCCUCGCUGCUUGCCUCUCCCGGCCCUCUCCGCCGUCCCGCUCCCUCCGGCCAGGCCCAUCGCCCCCCUCCGCCGCCAGCCCGGGCCCCCUCCGGGCCGCCCCCCUCCGCCCCGCCGCUGCCCGCGGCCCUCUCGGCCGAGCCAUGUCGCUGCAUGGGAAGCGGAAGGAGAUCUACAAAUAUGAGGCGCCUUGGACCGUGUACGCCAUGAACUGGAGCGUCCGGCCAGACAAGCGGUUCCGCCUGGCGCUGGGCAGCUUCGUGGAGGAGUAUAACAACAAGGUACAGCUUGUUGGUUUGGAUGAGGAGAGUUCAGAGUUCAUUUGCAGGAACACCUUUGAUCACCCCUACCCUACCACAAAGCUUAUGUGGAUCCCAGACACCAAGGGAGUGUAUCCAGACCUGCUGGCAACCAGUGGGGACUACCUGCGAGUCUGGAGGGUGGGUGAAACAGAGACCAGGCUGGAGUGUUUGCUGAACAAUAACAAGAACUCUGAUUUCUGUGCUCCACUAACAUCCUUUGACUGGAAUGAAGUGGAUCCUUACCUUCUAGGUACCUCAAGUAUUGACACAACCUGCACUAUUUGGGGUCUGGAGACAGGACAGGUUCUGGGAAGAGUCAAUCUGGUCUCUGGUCACGUGAAGACACAGCUUAUUGCACAUGACAAAGAGGUGUACGACAUCGCCUUCAGCCGUGCAGGUGGGGGCAGAGACAUGUUUGCUUCAGUUGGAGCAGAUGGCUCAGUGAGGAUGUUUGAUCUUCGGCACCUGGAGCACAGCACCAUCAUUUAUGAGGACCCCCAGCACCACCCCCUGCUCCGUCUCUGCUGGAAUAAGCAGGAUCCCAACUAUCUUGCUACAAUGGCCAUGGAUGGCAUGGAGGUUGUUAUUCUAGAUGUCAGGGUUCCCUGCACUCCUGUUGCCAGGUUAAACAACCACAGAGCAUGUGUAAAUGGAAUUGCUUGGGCACCUCAUUCUUCCUGCCACAUUUGUACAGCAGCUGAUGACCAUCAGGCUCUCAUCUGGGAUAUUCAGCAGAUGCCUCGUGCCAUUGAGGACCCUAUCUUGGCCUACACAGCAGAGGGAGAAAUCAACAAUGUACAGUGGGCAUCGACUCAGCCAGACUGGAUAGCUAUCUGCUACAACAACUGCCUGGAGAUCUUGAGAGUGUAACAUUCCUGCUUUGUGCCACCUUGAGGCAGGGCUGUGUCAUUUCCCUUCCCCUCUAAAGUAAGAACAACACAAGUGGCCAGUAUCUGUUGUUGCUUUGCAUCUACUGUUACAAGAAACUGUUAGAAGAAUCAAUGGCAGGUGUCUCCUGUCUCUCCAAGACUCUCAAAUGCAGAGACAUGCUGAGCCUCUUGGACCUUCUGGGUUCUGGUUUUCUUCUUUUUUUUUUUUUUUCCUCAGUUAAAGUUCUGUAUAUUUGUUUGUUGACUGUAUGAAUAAGCUUGCAAGCUUUUAAGUUGCUGAAUAUGUCCAUGUGUUUGUCAGCCAGCUGAGGCAGCACAUCCAGCUAGUUUAAUAGAUGCAGGUACAAAGCAAGGUGGGCAAAAAGACAUUGAUGUAAACAGCCACCUUGGCAGGAAUAUUUCUCAUUCCUGUUGUUGCUGCCUCCAAACUGUUGAAACAUUUGUAUGGUUUUUAUAUAUUGGGCUAACUUUCUAUUGAGUAAGGUUUUUUCUCCCUAAAUUCUUACUUUUGAUAUGUGAUCCACUUCCAUAUGCCCUAAAGCAGAAUCUCUUUGUUGAUAGACAUCACAAGAACACUUCAGGCUCCCUGGCAGUAAAGGCCUGCCAGAAUUAACUGUUGCCUUGGCUCUCAAUACCUGGUUACCUGGGCAGAAUUUUCUGGUGCUGUGAAGUACAAAUACUUGUUGCACAAUUUCUUUACACUUUUCUGAUGCUAGAGGCAGUGGUUAUUAUGGUAGGCCUUUUACUUUUCAAUUCUAACUGAAUUUGUGUGUCUCCUGCAGUUCUGGUAGCAGAAUAGUCAUAGUAUAGGAGGUAAAUAACUCCUAAAAAAUGUGGUUUGUAAUGGACUUGGGAUUGACACUUCCAAUCAAACCAUUUCCCCUGGGAAGACUUACUGUCUAAAGCAAAAUAAAAUGGUUUCACACUUUGGAGCUUGCUUGAUUGGCAAAUAAUAUAAGCAAGAGAUUUUGUGGUUAGCCUGUAUCUUGGAGCUUCCUUGUGUUUGGCCUGUGCUCCUGGGAGUUGUUGAAAGGAGUGCAAAGCAAUUUUCUUUCCAAAGUGUAUUUGCUUUGCACUGUCAGGUCUUGUUGAAGGAGCAAGAUGAGGUCCAGUAUCCCAGUGAAAGCUGUUUCUCUGAAAGAAGAGGUUCCCUAAUAAAACACAGAGCCCUGGGUUUCAAGGGGAAGAAGCUGUGCCAAAGAGGCUAAGGUUUAGCACUUGUCAUCUUCACAUCUUUUGGGGAUGUUUCCAAGGGCUUCUGUUCCUGUUUGGAAUGGUGGAUCACUCUACAGGAAUACUUUUCCAUCAGAGCUGAGUGGUUAGGCAAGAUAAAACUCUUGGUUGAUGAGAGAUCUGCUGGGCUGAAUGCUCCACAGGGCUCUCCCAAUGAAGACAUGACAACCAGAGCUGGGUUUUGAUGGAAUUGUCAAACUAUCAAGUUGUGUUUCCACCUAAUGAGCAUUCACCUGCAACUGGAGGCAGCCUUAUAAAUCACAGGACAUGGGCAGACUUGGAUCUUGUCAGUUUAUGCAGGAAAGGCAAGUUGGGAACAGUGAUUGCUGUGGAACAGUGAAGCUGACACUGAAAGUGCUGUCAAAUACAGAACAGAAUCUGACAGGCUUUGUCAUUCUGGACAUACACAGAUAUUCUACAGGCUGCUUCUCAACGUGGAGCUCAGCAAAGCACUGCCUUGUGAGUUUGAUAGGAAUUCAUAAGGGACAGGUUUAUUCCAUCACUCCUUUUAAUAUUGGAGAGCUGAGAGAAUCUAAGAUAGUUCAAGCUCAUGUUCUGUCAGUGAAAUUCUGUGUUCAGUUGUGGGAUUUGUGACAGAAAGCUUGAUUUGGCUUCAAGGUCAGUUUUUCUUCUGAGAAGCAGUACUGAGAGUAGAGUGUUCACAGACAUUUGAUCUACAUGUCAGAGCAGUGUUAGCCAAGGAAUUUAGGUAAGCCCUUUUUACACUUCAUCAUAAACUGGAAAAUACUUAGAAUGAAGUGAAAAUUGGGAAUUUUUUAGCAUAUAAUGGCCUUCACUGCUUCAGAUACUCAAAAAUAUCUACUCAGGCUUGUCAUGUUUUGUUGAGUUACAAAAGGUGUUGCUAAGGGGGGUACUACCUGUUCUGUCAGUACUUCUGUGGUCCCUUUUAUGCUCUGAAGUCUCAUUCUUGUGUAGAUGGCAGGAGUAAAGAUGAAUGCAUUGGUUGUUUAGCUUAAAAAUGCAUCUUUGGCAACUGCAGAAUUGGGCUUUAAAAAAAGCCAUAAGCUCAUUUAAUUCAACAUGAAGGCAUUAAAAGACUCCCUAGUCUGUAAUAAAUGGGAAAUGUAGUUUAUUCCUAAAGGAAUACAAUCUGUUUCUCUUCAGAUGAUGAGAAGAGAGCUUGUAUGAAGGGGCUAAUAGGCUGAAUAACCAGGUAGCUUUUGGUACUGUUGGAAAACAAUCCUGUUAAAACCUGGAGAGGGUCUAAUGUCAGUCCUUCCAUCCAUAAAGCUGCUUGAAGUUUGUUUGUGGAAUUGGGUGCUCAUUCCAAACUCAUCAAAGGCAGGUGAGAAGGAAUUUUGUAGGCUCCAGUGGAUUCUAAAUAAAGCCUGUACCCUGUUUGUUUAGCCAGUGGGGUACCUUUUGGAUCCCCAGCAGAUUUCUUUGGGCAUAACCCGUUGUCAUUCUUCACAUGAAAUUACAUUUGGAAUCACUAGAGGCUAUUUUGGAAAAGGGAAAUGCUACUUAAAAUAGCUUCUUGUCAAAGAAGUCACUUGAAAGGUUAAUGACUGACAAGACAUGAAAAUCCUCCCGGGUGAGAUGUUCUGUAGUGCAAAUGGCACUUCCAUCUAGAGAAGGAAGUGAAAGACUUUGCUGCCCUUUUGCCAGCACCUGCUGGCACAGUGGCAGGGAACUAACUGUCUGCUUGCUGCUUUCAUUUUCUUUGCAAGAUGAAAUAAAACCCUGAGACUCCUCACUGCAGCCUGGGAAUCCAAAGAUGCAGUUUUAUCAUCUCUCACCAGCCUAAUGUUCAAUUAUGUUGGGUGUAAAGCCCUGAGAAGAGUCGUGGGUUUUUUUCCCAAAGUUUAUGGAAAUAAACACUUUGACCUCCAUUAUUUUGUGCUUGCUGCACAGACAGAGAAUGCAGAGCAGCUGCUUUCAAAUGCUUCAUGUUCCUUGAGUAUGAAGUGAUAUUGAGGGAGAGUUCUGAUCAUCAGGGAGGACAGCAAAGCAGCAAAUCACAUGCUAUUGUUUGUCCAGGCAAGGCUGGUUUCUGGGACAGAACUCUUGACUACUUGAGUAGUUGUGUGUUAGCUCUCCAGUGGAUGAAUUCAAGAUGCUAGGCUAUUGUUUGGCUGUUGUGUUUAAACCCAGCCUUGCCUAGAUCCCUACUAUUCUGUGGAUAACCUGUUGCUAAUACCUUGGGUCUCAAAGAGGAGACCUUGAUGGUGUCAAACUCACUAGGGAGGUGAAAACCUACAGAGAACAAGUUGGGUGUCAAAUGAGUGUGUAGCCAACUCUUCAUUGUGUAAAUCAAAUGGGCUCUGGUAGGUUGCAUCUCUGGGACUUGCACUUCUGUGUGCAGGGAUAUAAAAGGCAAGGACUUGAGUGCUUUGACAAUCUAUUUAGAAGGAAAACACAGUGGUUUCAAAUAAUGAUACGAGAGGAGACUGAUAAUACAGGUUGUUCCUUAUGGAACCUUGAAAUGUACUUAACAGGGGAGGCAUUGCCUCUCAUAAGUCAAAGUUAAUGAUCCUUUCAAAUCUUCACUGUAAUUACUCUCCUGAAUGUUCUGGAUAAUAGUGAAAAGAUCUAUUUUUGCCUGGUGUUGCAAUGAGAAAGCUGCAUCAGUCUUAACUGUAGAUCACUGCCUGCCAGAGACUAGGUGAGGGGAGGAGUCCAGUGUCUUGGAAUUCACAGAUGCUCUUGUGCUUGUUUGAAAUAUAAAUGAAGAAAGCUGAGUGUGUCUGUUUUGCUCUCUUGCAGAUGGCACUUUAACAAGUAUAUUUUUGGUAAGAUUAGAGGGAGAGUCAUCUUUUCCUCAGCCCUUUUAUGGCAGGCAUUUGUCUGUGUUUUGUAUAAAAUGUUAAAUACAACAGUCACUGAAAUCCUCAACUGGCCACAGUUGUCAGGAUUAGUGCCCCCUCCUCUGUUUCUGCUGAGCACCAGGAACAUGAGCACUUGGCAGUGCUGUGACUGUGAAACUGAAGUUGUAUUCUGACACUGACACAAACUUGUGAGGCCAACCCAAGUGCUGUAGGGCUGCUUGUCACCCAGAGAGUCCCUUCUGCUUUGCUCAGCAACCUGACAGUGUUUGGGAAUCCUUUUCUGCUCUCUGCAGGUGGUAGUGGCAGGUUGGCUGUGCAAAAAUACAGCUGGAUUCUUUGGAUAACUUAGUUUUGUGAUAGAGGGGGGUAAAAAUUGCAGCUGCUGGCUGUAAAAUCACAGGACUUAAAUACUUGGACUUGUCAGUUCCUUGGGUUAGUGGUGUUCUAACUCUUUCAGGACAUACUGGAAAGGAGGGACAGCAGCUCUUGGCUCAAUGGAUUGCACAGUUAGUUCCAUCAAAGUACUGAGGGGUUUAGUCUUCCCACUGCAGCUUAGUGACAUGGUCCAGCCACCUCAAACCCACACUGCCUCACCUGCCAGUUAACACAAGUUCUCUCUGCUAAAUCCUGUCCUGCUUUCUCCUGUCAGACCAGUUUUCCAGAGCAGGCCUGUAUUUACUGUACAGUGGACAUUAAAAGGAGGUGUCCAAAACCAGUCCUAGAGUGAGCAAGGUACUAUCAACCAUGUCCCUUUUUCUCUUGAUCUUUGCAGAGAAGUCAGGGAAUUAAUUGUACAUGGCACUUAGAGAGCACUUUCUGAUGGUUACUUAGAGAUGCAGCUGCAUUUCCCCCUGCUUACCUGGGAAGAGUCAGAAUUGUCUCAUCCUUGAGGAUACUGGGAGGAGUUUAGCCCCUGACUCCUUUGUUUUAAGAAGAGAUCUCCAGAACUUCCCAUCAGCACCUUUCACCAGCACUAAAAGUCAGUAGUUAAAGUUGCAACAAAAGGCCAGUGACUGAAAUGCUCAUCUAGCAAUUUGUGGCAGACCCCAGAGGCAAAGGCACUAGUGGGGCUUGGUUGCUGCUGCUGCCUGACUCCAGAUGGUGACUUUGUCUGCCAGGUAUCUCAGUGGCCUUUUGGGCAACCUCUGGUACCUCAGCAUCAAGCUUGAACUUCCAUCAUCAUCAUAAAAAUAACAACAAAAAAAAUCAUUGGUGUGGCUUUCAUUGAGUUUAUUUCUUUUCAGAAAACUUAACAAAAGGAAGAAAUAAGCUAUUUCCUGAAACAUUAGUGUAGCCAUGAGCAGCUCGUGUUCCAGCUCUCAUCCCUUGGAGUUUGCUUUCCUGUUUUGCAAGGUGUGUGUGACUCUCAGGUCUCCUCUCUUUGGGAUGAAGAUCUGUUCAGGUUUGACAGACCAAGGCAGAGAUGCAAGAACCAGUCAGUGAAAGAGCCCUAGUCCAGCUGGGAAGUGCUGUGUUGCUUUGACAACCUGGUAAAUAUGAAAUCUACUAUUUAAAAGAACCUUUUUUUAUUAUUAUUAUUUGAAGACUUGGGUUGCUAGCAGUGUAAAAUGUAAUUUAAAUCUGUUGCAUUUUUGUUCCCAAUAGUCAAGUAGAUGUUUACUUUUAUGUGUGUUUUCCCUUCUGCUCUUCCCAUCCACAGUCCCCUUGUGGUAAUUUCCUGAAGGUGUAAUCUUUGUAGCAUGAUUGUACAAACAUCCAUACGAGAUUCCUGACUUCUUGUCCUCACUAAAAUACGUUAAAGCAAUAGUAGUUUUCCUUCUGUCCUUCUUUUCUCCACCUUCUCUAUUAAGAUUUGCAACUUCUAUCCUGUCCUAGAGGAAUCCUAGUCCCCUGCUAUUCAACACACAUAUGUUGUUGACAUGGAUAACUGCAGUGUCCCCACAUUCCUUUUAUUUUUUAUGGAGAAAACACAAAAGGUUUUGUUACAAUGGAUUUUAACACCUGAGUCAUGGAACCAUAUUGUUGAAACUGUAAAUUUUAAGGCAAUUUUCUGAACAAAAAAAAUUGCUUGAAAGUGGAACGUUGCAUCCUUUUAUGCUAUUUCCUGCUUCCUAUGUAGUUUGAUUCCAAUUUUUUAACCUUCUUUCUAAGUUUCAGCCUCCUGUGUAUUAGGUACAGUAUUUUCUGCCUUUCAUACUUUGUAAUAAAAAUGGAACAUUUGUAGAUUGA